AGCUCACAAAGUAGAUGCAAUCACUGUUGAAUAGACCGCCGUGGAAGGGGAAGGCGACGUGACGACGAGAGUUCCUCCCAUGUGAUGUGACCGAGGCCUGACGGACUGUGCCUGUCUAUUAUGGCUCCUCCUGCUACAGUAGAUCGGGGCCGGACGUAACACCAGCGCAGAGGAAAGGGAAUAACACUCAGCCGAGACGUUUUUUCAGGUGCCACGGCUAAAGAUGGCAGAUCGUGCAAUGCUGAAGAAAAAGACAUAGAUGAUGUGCUCAGAGUCGCCUCUUCUGCUGUGAAGGCUUCGACAUUUCUUCAAGAUUAACAACACCCCAAAUGAACUCCGUCAGAGCAAGUAACGUUAGCAGAAGACCUAGGCGAGUCUCGAGGCCGCGCCCGGUGCAGCCGGACAGGAACCACCAGGAAAGAGAUGAGGACGUUCCUGCAGAUAUGGUCGCAGAAGAAUCCGGUCCAGGAGCUCAGAAUAGUCCCUACCAACUUAGAAGAAAGUCUCUACCCAAGAGAACAGUGUGUCCGACAAAGACAAACAUGGAGGGUGCUUCCACUUCAACCACAGAAAACUUUGGACAUCGACCUAAGCGCCCCAGAGUUUCAGGAAAGUGUCAAGAUUUACCAGCAGCUCCAGCAGAGCAGUAUUUGCAGGAGAAGCUUCCAGACGAGGUGGUACUAAAGAUCUUCUCGUACCUGUUGGAGCAGGACCUGUGCCGUGCAGCAUGUGUGUGCAAGCGAUUUAGCGAGCUGGCCAAUGACCCCAUUCUCUGGAAGAGGCUGUACAUGGAAGUGUUUGAAUACACACGACCCAUGAUGCACCCCGAGGCAGGGAAGUUCUACCAGAUAAACCCAGAGGAAUAUGAGCAGCCAAACCCGUGGAAGGAGAGUUUUCAGCAGCUGUAUAAAGGCGCACAUGUGAAGCCAGGCUUUGCAGAACACUUCUACAGUAAUCCUGCCAGAUACAAAGGGAGAGACAACAUGUUUUACUACGACACCAUUGAGGAUGCUCUCGGAGGGGGUCAGGAGCCUCACUUUGACGGCCUGAUAUUCGUCCACUCUGGUAUCUACACAGAUGAAUGGAUCUACAUCGAGUCGCCUAUCACAAUGAUCGGAGCUGCUCCUGGAAAAGUAGCAGAGAAAGUCAUCAUUGAGAACACCAGAGACUCAACAUUUGUAUUUAUGGAAGGCUCAGAAGAUGCUUACGUUGGAUACAUGACCAUCAGGUUCAAUCCCGACGAUAAAUCCGCCCAGCACCACAAUGCACACCACUGCUUGGAGAUUACAGUCAACUGCAGCCCCAUCAUCGAUCACUGCAUCAUACGCAGCACGUGCACAGUGGGGUCAGCUGUCUGUGUCAGCGGUCAGGGUGCUUGUCCCACGAUCAAGCACUGCAACAUUAGUGACUGUGAAAAUGUUGGUCUUUACAUCACUGACCAUGCACAGGGCAUAUAUGAAGACAAUGAGAUCUCAAAUAACGCCCUGGCUGGAAUCUGGGUUAAAAACCACGGCAACCCAAUCAUCAGACGGAAUCACAUCCACCAUGGCAGAGAUGUCGGCGUUUUCACAUUCGACCACGGCAUGGGUUACUUUGAGAGCUGUAACAUCCAUAGGAACCGUAUAGCCGGCUUUGAGGUGAAGGCGUACGCCAAUCCAACAGUGGUUCGUUGUGAGAUCCAUCAUGGGCAGACGGGGGGCAUCUACGUGCACGAAAAGGGCCGCGGCCAGUUCAUCGAAAAUAAGAUCUAUGCAAAUAACUUUGCUGGGGUGUGGAUCACCUCUAACAGCGACCCCACAAUAAGGGGUAACGCCAUUUUUAACGGCAACCAAGGUGGCGUUUAUAUUUUCGGUGAUGGCCGAGGCCUCAUUGAAGGGAACGACAUCUACGGCAACGCCCUGGCAGGAAUCCAGAUCAGGACGAACAGCUGCCCUAUUGUGAGACACAACAAGAUCCACGAUGGCCAGCAUGGCGGCAUUUAUGUGCAUGAAAAAGGACAAGGCGUCAUCGAGGAGAACGAAGUGUACAGCAACACGCUGGCAGGAGUGUGGGUGACAACGGGCAGUACGCCAGUGCUGAGGAGGAACAGGAUACACAGCGGGAAGCAGGUUGGGGUCUACUUCUAUGACAACGGCCAUGGCGUUCUGGAAGACAAUGACAUCUACAAUCACAUGUACUCUGGAGUUCAAAUUAGGACUGGCAGCAAUCCCAAAAUCAGGCGGAACAAGAUCUGGGGAGGCCAGAAUGGAGGCAUUUUGGUUUACAACUCAGGCUUAGGCUUCAUCGAGGACAAUGAGAUCUUUGACAAUGCCAUGGCAGGAGUGUGGAUCAAGACGGACAGCAACCCCACUCUGCGGAGGAAUAAGAUCCAUGACGGGAGAGACGGCGGGAUCUGUAUAUUCAACGGAGGAAGAGGUUUGUUAGAGGAAAAUGACAUCUUCAGAAACGCCCAAGCAGGAGUCCUCAUUAGCACCAACAGCCACCCCGUACUGCGAAAAAACAGGAUAUUUGACGGCUUCGCAGCAGGUAUUGAGAUCACCAAUCAUGCCACAGCGACCCUAGAGGGCAAUCAGAUCUUCAACAAUCGCUUUGGCGGAUUGUUUCUUGCAUCUGGGGUCAAUGUCACUAUGAAAGAUAAUAAAAUAAUGAACAAUCAAGAUGCCAUUGAAAAGGCUGUGAGCAGAGGUCAGUGCCUGUACAAGAUUUCAAGUUACACCAGCUACCCAAUGCACGAUUUUUACAGGUGUCACACCUGUAACACAACAGACCGCAACGCCAUCUGUGUGAACUGCAUCAAAAAGUGUCACCAAGGACAUGACGUGGAGUUCAUCAGACAUGAUAGAUUCUUCUGUGACUGUGGUGCGGGGACGCUGUCAAAUCCUUGCACAUUAGCUGGAGAGCCGACUCAUGACACAGACACACUGUAUGACUCAGCUCCUCCUAUAGAGUCCAAUACACUGCAGCACAACUGAGCCUAAGACCCGAGGUCCCUUUGCGCUUCAGCAGUAAUGGACACGAGACACUUUAAAAUGUGCAGUGGAGGAGAUCCAAACUAAAAUACAGAGCAUAUACAGUGACUUUAAAAAAAAAAAAAGACUUGGACAUAAAUAUGCUAAAAGGAGACAUUUAGAGAAAAAAAAGUCUGAUUAUGGAUGCCUCGCUUUUUCUUUUUCUUCAAUUCUUUGACAAAAAAAAAAAAGAUGACAUCAGUGGGAGCGAGCAGAAGAGCAGCUGACUCAGGGUUUGUGGGUGUGUUGGUUUUGGUCGAGCAAGUGGAGCUGGUGAGAGACGGACAAAAAGCCACAGAGGCUCACCUGCUUUUUUUUUUAAGAAGCGGAAGAACGAAAUACUGCAGUCAUGUACAGACCCAUCGUGGACAGACGCUCAGUCAGAAGAGGCACAACUUUUCUCACACGGAGGCGAAAAAGCCCCAAAUACAACAAUGCUUCCAUCACUGGGCAAUCGACGUGCUCGUAUGAUACGUACGGGAAAAAUGACCUAGCACUUCAGCUUUUUUUUUUUUUCCCUCAAGACAACUGUUGAGAUUUGAUUUUAAUGCUUUUUGUGUAGUUUUGUAUUUUCAUGCAAAAAUCUUACUGUACUUGAAUGUCUUUAUUUUAUUAAAUGUGUUCAUUUUUUUUUUGGUUAUUAUACCCUAGAAUUGCUGUAAUUAUACAUGUCGCAGUAUCUAACUUCUUUCUGUGAAAGAGAUCAGAGAAAAGAGAGGAAAAAACACUAAACAUUUUCUCCAGCAAUGUUGACUCGUUUUACAUUUGCAAUACCGAACAAUAGAUGCUGAAAUGUGCUUUCACCAGACUUGUGUAGCUUUCUUUCUGUCUGGAGUAGCAUCAUAAGUGUUUGUCUUUGUAAGUGAGAUUAACUGUUGUGAUAUUUCAGUCCGUUUUACAUAAUCUAUGCAUAUUUUAUGUUUAUUCUGUUUGUGUUGGUCUUUUGUGCAGGACCCAAUUUACAGGAGGAGACACGGGGCAAGAUCAAGCAUUUUUUUUUACUCCAGGCUGCAGUUGUAUAAUAAUAUAGGGGGUGUAGUUUGUUUAGCCAGAUAUCCCCUUGAUAUUGUAAUUAAGAUGCAGCCUCUUCUUUAUGUACCAAAUAAAAACACAUUGCUGUCUGGGGUCAGGGCAUUAUAAUGCAUCUGUUAGGAAAUCAUCCAAGGAUAUUUGGAUGCUUGUACCGUCUGUGGUACAUUAACUUCACAGUAGAUUGUAUAAUCUACAUCUUGUCCUCAGAAUCAGUGGUUGUCUUUAACGACAGGCAUAAAUGCUGCUUCCUGGCCUGUUGAGAUAUUUUCUUUAGCUGACAGACUUCAUUUUUCACUAUAGGUCCAAGGAAAAGAGACAAGUCUUGUGAAAGCACAGCUAAUUCUGAUGUGUUUUCCCCCUUGUUUGCCAAUGUUGCUGGAGAAUUUCAAAGGCUUUUACUCUACUGAAGCUGAGACAAGUAUCUAUACACAGCACUAUAUGGUUUCAUUGCCCCUCGUCCCUCUCCUCCCCUUUCAUGUGUACUGGUGAUUGUGGGUUCUCAUACAGACUGAAAUGUAUGCAUGUAUCAUAACAUCUAGACUUAAUAUAUUGUGAAGUAUUCAAUAACCGUUAUGUAGGCGCUAGCGUGAAUUAAAAGGGUUUAAUUUCCUAGAUGAAACAUUGUCAUUUUUUAAAAAUAAACUUUAUUAGAUCA